GAGUGAUUGGCUGUCGAGUUUUGUUUAGUUGAGGGGCUGCACGAACUUUCCGUCUUUCCGUCUCUUUCUCAAAAAGGGAUUGCGGCGGAUCAGCGCGGAGUGGCUGGAAAGAACAAUAGCAAGAAAAGCAGACAUUGACCACGAAAACGCGUGACUUUAUUGGGACAACAAAAACGCAUCACUUGGAUAUAUUUUUUUAUCUCACAAGUAGUCGGAUUUUCACUGCAACCUUUAAGCCAAUUUGGUUUUACUUCUUUUCGGGGGGUUUUGUCAACGUCAUUGCACAGCUGACUUGCAUUAUAUGUCAGAUGACGACUGAGAGCUCCUACACAGCACUGGGGUCGACGCCCCCCAUGAGGACCAGUCCCACUGCCAUCGCGCUGCAUCCCGUACUGAUGAACUCGACAGGUAGCUUGGAGGAACAUGGCGCGGUGGCCAAGAGCAAAAAGACCGCCUCAGGGUUGCGACGCCCAGAGAAGCCGCCCUACUCUUACAUCGCUCUCAUUGUGAUGGCAAUUCAGAGUGCACCGACCAAGCGUCUUACACUCAGUGAGAUAUACCAGUUCUUACAAACGCGAUUCCCCUUUUUCCGAGGCUCUUACCAGGGCUGGAAAAACUCUGUUCGGCACAACUUGUCUCUGAACGAGUGCUUUAUUAAACUACCAAAGGGUCUUGGGCGGCCAGGGAAGGGACAUUAUUGGACCAUAGACCCCACCAGUGAGUUUAUGUUCGAAGAAGGCUCAUUUCGACGAAGACCGCGAGGAUUUCGUAGAAAAUGUCAAGCUAUGAAACCGAUGUACCGAAUGAUGAACGGCCUAGGGUUUGGCUCCGCCAUUUUUCCUCAGAGCUUUGACUACCAACCUCCCACCGGCGGUCUUGCGUGCCAUGGCAGUGGCUAUAACCUGGAUCUGUCUAGUAAUGGUUAUGAGUCAAUAAGCAGCGGCCACCACAGUCAUAUGUCUCCCAGCUCCAGACAUGGCUAUAUCGCCAGCUGUCCAGUGCCGGGAAACGGAGACUAUGGCGCGGAUAGCGACACCAGUCCAAUCCCGUCAAUUGCGAGCGCGCUUGAGGGCCACUCACCAUAUUCAGAGGGCACGGCAGUCUGGGCUUCUUCAGGCUCCCCAUACCUCAAACAGUCGACUACCAACUCGAGCAAUUCAGCGUCCACAGGGCAGCACCCCGGCAUUUUCACAUACUCUCUGGAGCAGGGUUACAUACAGCAAAGCGCGAGAGACAACACUGAUAUGUCAGUGGGUAUAUCACGGUAUCCGACACAUUCUUCCACCGUCGGAGAACGGAAGGACUACGUGUUGAAUUUUAACGGGAUUUCGUCCUUCCAUCCGUCAGCUGGUGGAUAUUAUCAUCACCACCAUCACCAUCAUCAUCACCAUCAAAGUAUGCACCAAGAUGUCAAACCUUGCGUGAUGUAGGCAGUAUGUUAUGGAGCAUGCUGCACAAAGAUAAGCACUAUAACUGUAAGGCAAAGAGAAUUAAGAGAAUGAUUAAUGCACACGCAAAAGGUUUGCAGAAUUGUUUUUCCAAAAUCAGCGAAAAAUCAGUGACAACAUGAGUAUUCAACAGAACAUUGAGCGUAUUUGAAUAAAUACACGAAUGGCUGCCCGUUCUUAAAACUGUUGGACUAGCUAUUUUUCUGAUAUUUCAACAGAGUUUGAAUUAAGCACAUGUGAACAUAUUUCACUUAACAUGUUAAUUGCAAUGUGAUUUCGAAGUUAAUAAUAAAACAUUUCAA